GUCGCGCGAGGCAGAGCGACAAGGGCACGGAGAUGGAGAGGAGAGGGCGUGGGGCUCACUACGGCACGGAGACGGAGGCGCGCGCUUUUGAGUCGCCUCACAGGUCGCGCGAGGCAGAGCGACAAGGGCACGGAGAUGGAGAGGCGCGUGGGGCUCACUACGGCACGGAGACGGAGGUGCGUUUUGAGUCGACUCACAGGUCGCGCGAGGCAGAGCGACAAGGGCACGGAGAUGGAGAGGCGCGUGGGGCUCACUACGGCACGGAGACGGAGGCGCGCGCUUUGAGUCGACUCACAGGUCGCGCGAGGCAGAGCGACAAGGGCACGGAGAUGGAGAGGAGAGGGGCGUGGGGCUCACUACGGCACGGAGACGGAGGCGCGCGCUUUGAGUCGCCUCACAGGUCGCGCGAGGCAGAGCGACAAGGGCACCGAGAUGGAGAGGAGAGGGGCGUGGGGCUCACUACGGCACGGAGACGGAGGCGCGCGCUUUGA